AUUUGGUUACAGCUGAGAAGAAGCCCUGGUGCACGUACAGUUGUUGGUGUUGCUGUGAUGAUGUCAGUCAGAAUGGCUCCUCCUCUUCCUCUGAUCUUUCUGCUCAUGAAUCAGGGGGUUUAUAGUCAAGAUGAUUGUAAAGAUGGUAAUAAGAGAGAUUGGAAUGUGACUUACAGUCAUUCAAACAUAUGUGCACUAAAGGGGUCAAUGGUGACAAUGUCCUGCACAUACAAAUACCCUUGUAAUCAUAAAAUCACAAAGAAUUUCUGGACCAAAACUCUUGUAUUGAACCAUGUGGAGCCUCCAGAUCUGUUUAAUGACCCUGAAUACAGUCAGAGGAUUCAGUAUCUGGGAGAUAAACAGCAGAACUGCACCAUCAGACUGAAUGAUGUGACACAGAAGGAUUCACACGAGUACUAUUUCAGAUUCACAACUGAUAAAACUGAUGGAAGAUGGAUUGGUGCUCCGGGAGUGACUCUUAAUAUCACAGAUCUUCAUGUGGAGUCUCCUGAGAGCGUGACAGAGGGAGAUACAGUCAGUCUGACAUGUAAAAGCACCUGUAAUCUGUCUGACAGAACAACAUUCAUCUGGUGGAAAAACACACAGUCAUUAACUGAGAGAAACAAUAAACUCCUCCUGCAGUCAGUCAGAAGAGAGGAUGCAGGCAGAUAUAGCUGUGCUGUACACGGACACAAACUCACAUCACCUCAUGUUGAUCUCAAUGUUAAAUAUUCUCCAAAGAAUGUCUCAGUGUCCAUGAGUGGAUCUGGUGAAAUAGUUUUGGGUGAUUCAGUGACUCUGACCUGCAGCAGUGAUUCAAACCCACCUGCACAAAUCAGCUGGUUUAAAGGGUCAACAUAUAUUGGAUCUGGAAAAAUCUACAGCAUCACAAGAAUCCGCUCUGAUCACAGUGGAGAAUACAAGUGCAAGUCCAUUAAUGAAGUUGGAGGGAAAUACUCUGAUACUGUCACUUUAAAUGUCAUGUAUUCACCCAGGAAUGUCUCAGUGUCCAUGAGUGGAUCUGGUGAAAUAGUUUUGGGUGAUUCAGUGACUCUGACCUGCAGCAGUGAUUCAAACCCACCUGCUAACAUCAGCUGGUUUAAAGGGACAAAAUAUAUUGGAUCUGGAGAAAUCUACCACAUCACAAGUAUCCGCUCUGAUCACAGUGGAGAAUACAAGUGCAAGUCCAGAAAUGAAGUUGGAGAGAAAUACUCUGAUACUGUCACUUUAAAUGUCAUGUAUUCACCCAGGAAUGUCUCAGUGUCCAUGAGUGGAUCUGGUGAAAUAGUUUUGGGUGAUUCAGUGACUCUGACCUGCAGCAGUGAUUCAAACCCACCUGUUCUGAACUACACCUGGUUUAAGGUGAAUGAAAGUUCAUCUGUUGGAUCGGGACAGAGUUACAGUGCACUACAGAGUGGAUUCUUCUACUGUGUGGCUCAGAAUCAACAUGGAUCUCAGAGAUCAGCUGCUGUACAAGUCACUUUAAAAGGAGAACAUAAAACAGUGCUGUAUGCAGCUCUUGCAAUUGUGGCCGGAUGUGCACUUCUAAUUAUUGUCUUCACUAUUUUAUUCAUGAGGAAGAGAAAAUGUGAUCAUGGAGCUUCAGACAUCAGGCAGAAGCAGGUUCCACCUUUGAGCUCUGACAGAAUCAGCCAGAAUGAUCACUAUGAAAAUGUUACACCAAAGAGAGGAAAUGACAGUGUACAGCUCCAGUAUGCAACUGUCCAACUUCACAGAAACAAAGAGAACGAGACACAUCAGCCUGGUGCUGCCAUGAGAUCUGCUGUUCAUGCAACAGGGGAUACAUCUGUGAUUUACAGCACUAUAAACUGAUCAACGGUUCAGAUCAGCACACAGACGGCCUUCUAGGACACGUCAAAUUUAUCAGGAUUCCAAAUGAAUGUAAACAGGAAAUCACAGAUACUUGCUUUCCCCCAAUUUCUCUUUUCCAGAGCAUUUAUUCCAAAGAAGUAGAUUUGGCUUGAACUUUGAGGGAGAUGCAGUGUGAAGCAUUUGCAUGUUUUCAUUGAUCAUGGUAUAAAUAUUGGGGGUGUUCUUCUUGAUUGCUUUGAUUAUUGGGUUGUUACCUCCCCCCAUCUCCCCUGGACUCUACACCACUGAUUUAUACUGUCAGGAACUUGCCAAAGUAACCAUGCAGUAACCCAUGUAGUAACCCAUGUAGUAACCCAUGCAGUAAUCCAAGUAGUAACCCAUGUAGUAACCCAUGUAGUAACCGAAGUAGUAACCCAUGUAGUAACCCAUGUAGUAACCCAUGCAGUAAUCCAAGUAGUAACCCAUGUAGUAACCCAUGCAGUAAUCCAAGUAGUAACCCAUGUAGUAAAUCCAUGCAAUAACCCAUGUAGUAACCCAUGUAGUAACCGAAGUAGUAACCCAUGUAGUAACCCAUGUAGUAAUCCAAGUAGUAACCCAUGUAGUAAAUCCAUGCAAUAACCCAUGUAGUAACCCAUGUAGUAACCGAAGUAGUAACCCAUGUAGUAACCCAUGUAGUAACCCAUGCAGUAAUCCAAGUAGUAACCCAUGUAGUAACUCAUGCAGUAAUCCAAGUAGUAACCCAUGUAGUAAAUCCAUGCAAUAACCCAUGUAGUAACCAAUGUAGUAACCGAAGUAGUAACCCAUGUAGUAAUCCAUGUAGUAAUCCAAGUAGUAACCCAUGUAGUAACCCAUGCAGUAACCCAUAGUAACCCAUUUAGUAACCCAAGUAGUAGUCCAUGUCGAACUGGCCUACAAAUUGAUGUCAUGACUGAACAGCUCUGUCUGCCUCUUAUUUCUCAAUAUAACUUGUAUCGCUUCAUGUAAGAAUAAAUAAACUCACAAUCUAAACCCCAUGUGGUGCUUGUGGAAACUGAAAUCAAAUGUAUAUUGUAAAGAAAUCCAAGCAAAGCUGAUUAGAAAAAAUGUUGUACUCUUAUUUGAAGUUAAUGA